GGGGCUGAUAAUACUAUGAUUUACACAAAUUAUCCUGUAAUUUGCCAGCAGUGGCCACGUGGCAUGAGAAUUUCAGAGAUUGGGUCGGAGGCUACAGAGUAAAAAAACAAGCCUCAGGCAGCAAAGGUGGUGGUGUUGUAUACGCAAAAAGAAAGAGGAGAAAGAGGGGAAACAAAGAAAGAAAGAAAGAUGGAUCACGCCGCAGAUGCCUCUCGCACAGACUUGAUGACCAUCACUCGCUUUGUUCUGAACGAGCAGUCUCGGUACCCUGAGUCGCGAGGGGAUUUCACCAUUCUUCUGAGUCACAUUGUUCUCGGCUGCAAAUUUGUGUGCUCUGCUGUUAACAAGGCAGGUUUGGCUAAACUUAUUGGCCUUGCAGGAGAGACCAAUGUGCAAGGCGAGGAGCAAAAGAAGCUGGAUGUACUCUCUAAUGAAGUCUUUGUCAAGGCUCUUGUAAGCAGUGGGCGUACGUGUAUCCUUGUCUCGGAGGAAGAUGAAGAAGCCACCUUUGUGGAGCCUGCAUUGCGGGGAAAGUACUGUGUAGUUUUUGACCCACUUGAUGGCUCUUCGAACAUUGAUUGUGGAGUCUCCAUUGGAACGAUCUUUGGAGUAUACUCAAUAAAGCCUGGAGAUGAACCUAAGUUGGAAGAUGUUCUGCGACCAGGCAAACACAUGGUUGCAGCAGGCUACUGUAUGUAUGGAAGCUCUUGCACGCUUGUUCUUAGCACUGGUAGUGGGGUAAAUGGUUUUACUCUUGAUCCCUCCCUUGGAGAAUUCAUUUUGACUCAUCCAGACAUAAAGGUCCCAAAGAAAGGGAAAAUAUAUUCUGUGAAUGAAGGCAAUGCGAAGAACUGGGAUGAGCCUACAAAAAAGUAUGUUGAGAGAUGCAAGUUUCCAAAGGAUGGAUCUUCCCCGAAGUCUCUCAGAUACAUUGGAAGCAUGGUAGCUGAUGUUCACAGAACUCUGCUUUAUGGAGGCAUUUUCAUGUACCCUGCAGACAAGAAGAGUCCCAAUGGAAAAUUGCGUGUAUUGUAUGAAGUUUUUCCGAUGUCUUUCUUAAUGGAGCAGGCAGGGGGGCAAUCCUUCACAGGAAAGAAACGGGCACUAGACAUUGUUCCAUCAAAGAUUCAUGAGCGUUCCUCAGUCUUCCUUGGGAGUUAUGAUGACGUAGAAGAGAUUAAGGCUUUAUAUGCUCAAGAGGAAGUAAAAGCCUGAAGUUAGUUGGCUGCAUUGCCUACUUGGGAAUUGUAUUUGUAGCCCUGUGUAUGGAUUUCUAUCAAUGAUAAUGACUAAAGUAAAUUUUGAUUAA